AGAGCACCACACUUUCUUAAUCGAAUUGAAACUUCUCUAGACUCUAGUUCUCUCUAUUUUAUUUCUUCUUUAAUUUUUAGCUCAAAAAUGGCCACUACAUUGGUAUCGGAGAGCCGGUGCAUGAACGGCGGUGAUGAAUUUGACGGAGUUGACUUUUCCCAAAUCGACGGCUGUGCCCUUCUUCUCAUGUCAUUGCUUGAUGAUACACCGGGCGUGGUGGAAGACUUCGACGAUGAAAGAUUGAAGGGUGUUAUCCAAUCUUUGGAAGCCGAAAUAGUCAACGUGGACGGCAACGGUUUAUUUGAGGGUGGUCAACGGAGAACCGUCUCUAAAGCAUCUCAACCGUCCGAUGCCGGUCAAUUUGGUGGUCAAGAUUUUUCGGAAUUAAACGGUCUGGAUUUCUCGUGGGUAGGUAUGGUAGACAUAGAAAUGGAACCUUUGUUUCCCACACAAGUUGAUGGCAUCAACAUCUCGGAUUUGGAACAAUAUUGCGAAUAUGAUCAGAUGGACGGCGUGGAUGAAGAAGAAUAUUGCGAUAAUGGAUUUAAAUUUGAGGAGAUAUGUUCUUAUUAUGAUUAUCUUUGGUAAAAAGAAAAAAAAAUGCCUCUUACUUGAGGCCACGGUCGAUGAUCAUUUUCCAUAAAUAGUGUUGAAUUACGUACCUUGAACAUUUCCACACAACAUAAAAAGUGUACAAACUCAGCGACGAUAUUAAAAAUGGGGUUAAAUAUCGAAGAUAUUGCUUGCGUUUUUUCAAU